AUUUUUCAUUUCCCUAUUAGUUAAUUUGUUAAUUGUUGCAUUUAUCAUAAAAGUAUAAAACUAGUUAAUUGUUGCAUUUUUCAUUAAAGUAUAAAACUAGUUAAUUGUUACAUUUUCAUUUCCCUAUUAGUUAAUUUGUUAAUUGUUGCUAUAAUUUUAUUAGUCGCAUUUUAUUAUUACUAUUGUACUCAUAUUAAAACAUUUGAUAUAAUAUAAUAUUUGUUACAUUUUAAAGAUGGACCGUGGUAGACAUUCUGUAGAUAUGGGUAAUCUCCAACGCAACCGAAGGAAGGAGAUUGCGACAACUCAUCCUAGUUUACGCAAAGGCAAAGGUAAAGGGCGGGCCGGGUCUUCUUCUCAAAGUCGAGAAGAUUUUGAAACAGGAUACCAAAGGCGAGAUGGGGAUGUGAUGUCCGAUGAGCAACUACAACAACUAUUGGCGGAAAAUGAUGGUCGCUUUUUCCAUCAACAAAACAUCCCGAAGUCCAUUGACGAAGACGAGCUUGAGGAUGAGGAUGCGGAGGAGGAUGCGGGGGGCAACGACAGUCACGGCACCCCGGAUGAUGACCAAGAGUUGGAGGACGAGGGUGGUUCAUCCCAACUUGGUAAGAAAUCUAAAUCUCCUAUUAUAGAAAAUAAUUUUACAAAGAGGAAAGACAAAACAACCGAGAAACGGUACGCAAGUUGCAAUCAUUGCAAUAAGGAGAUAGCUUGGGAACUUCCGGCGGAUACGGGAGCCUCACAAGGCAUCUUAAGUCCGCGCACUUGGUGGAGUAUGCGAAAAUAUCGAAAGACAAGGGGAAGCAAACUCAAAUAUUGAGGUUUGCAAAUGACCAACCUUUUGGUAAUUUCCAAUACAAUGAUGCACAAAAUUUGACUGGUAUGGCUAACUUACUUGUUGAAAAAAAUUUGCCUUAUUUGUUUUCUGAAAGUCUUGCUUUUAAAGAUUAUGCACAAACUUGUUUAAAUCCUCAAUUUAGACUUUAUAGUCGAAAAACAGUUAAGAAAGAAAUUAUAAGGCUUUAUUGUGCUAAAAAGGAUAGGUUACAAUUUUUUUUUGCAAACUUUGAUGGUCGUGUUACUAUUUGUUCUGACAUUUGGGAGGAUACUUAUCAUAAUUUACAUAAUUUGGGUCUGAC